AUAAUAAUAAUAAUAAUAAUAAUAAUAAUUGAGAAAUAAGAAAAAAUGAAUAAAAUUUUAAGAAUUCAUUAUUAAAAUGUGGUAAAAAUGAAAAAAUUUUAUUUCGGAAGUUAUGAUAUUUCUCAUCAAAGGCAAUAUUCUAAUGAGAGAGUCAAUGAAGAUACGGAAAAUGAAGGAAGUCGCACCAAGCAAUACAUUGCAGCAGUUUGUGCAAGCAUAACGAUAAUAGUAUGUGGAGCUGGUCAAACAUGGUCAUCACCGGCGAUACCACAUCUGACAAGAGAACAUUCUUUGUUUUUAGUAACUGAUGCACAAGCUAUUUGGAUCGUUUCACUGUACAAUGUUGGUGAUCUUAUUGGAGCCCUUUUAAAUCCAUUGUUUAUUGAUCGAAUUGGACGUAAAUACACCUUACUACUUUCUGCCCUACCAUGUCUAAUUGGAUGGUGUCUUAUAAUUUUUGCUCAAAAUUAUAUUCACCUCUAUAUAGCAAGACUUAUUACCGGUAUCAGUCAAGGAAGUAGUCUCAAUUGUCUCAUUAUAUAUUUAACAGAAAUUUCCGACAAAAAUGUCCGUGGAAUGCUAGUUAAUAUGAUACAAAUAUCAUUUCAUAUUGGUCUCUUUAUCUUUACAGCAAUUGGAGCUUUUGCAUCGUAUAAAAUUUUAAACAUUUUCUCUAUUUCAAUAUUGAUUAUUUUUCUUAUGAUACUUCCGUCAUUGCCAGAAACGCCCUAUUUUUAUCUUUUGAAAGGCAAGAAAACCGAUGCUAUGAAGUGCUUGAUGAAAUUAAGGGGAAUAAAUUCAUCAAACAAAUUAGAACCUGAAAUACGUGAAAUGGAAUUAGUAAUUGAGGAAGAUAAAAAAAAUACAAAAACAUUUGCAUUCUUCGAAUUAUUCACGAAAAGUUACAAUCGAAAAGGAUUGAUUAUCAUGUUCUUUAUGAGAGCAACAAUGAUGUUAUCAGGUUAUGUCUGUAUUGUUGCUUAUUCUGAGGAUAUUCUCAGUCAAAAUAGUCUUCCAAUUAAAGCAGGUGUUCAAGUGAUGAUUGUAAAUGGAAUAGGAUUUCCAGCAUCUUUAUGUACCGCAUUAUUUAUUGACAAAAUUAACAGAAGAAUUUUGUUUUCCACAACUGCUAUGUUGGGUUCAUUUUGUCUAUGUAGUGUUGGUCUCUUUUUCUUUCUAAAAUAUUAUCUGAAGACAGAUACUUUUUCAAUUGAAUGGUUACCAGUUGUAGCAUUAACAUUAUUUCAAAUAUUUUUUAUUUUUGGAUUUGGCAUAAUUCCUCAUAUUACUAUUGGCGAAUUGUUUUCAAUAAAAGUGAAAAGCAGUGCAGUUUGCUUGGGUAGAAUUUUCGUAACCAUGAUUAAUUUUGGUACUACUGCCGGAUAUAAACCAUUGAACAAUAGUUUUGGAAUCUACACGACAUUUUGGAUUUUUGCUUUUUUUACUUUUUUUGGAUCUUUGGUGACUUAUUGGAUCACACCAAAUACAACAGGAAUGACAUUGGAGGAAAUUCAAGCUAUGCAAAAUCCAGAACUAGAGAAAAAGCUGAAUUCAAAACGCAGAUCUGAAAGAAGUAGAAAUAUUUAAAUAUUUUUCAUUUAAACUAGUUUUAAUGAAUUGCCCUUAACAAGUGAAGAAAUUGGGUAAUGGAGUGAAUGAAAGGAGUGUGUUUGGAAAAAAAUACGAGUGUGAGAGACAAAAUCACGAAGUAGUAUGAGAAGACGUGACUCAAUGUAUCGAAUGUUCAGUCGUGCUCCGAAGUAAGCUACCUAAGAUGCCAAAAAUGUUAGGGGUAUGUUUUGAAAUUUUUUAGUAAAAACACACGAAGUGGAUCAAUUUUCAAUAUAAAUCAUUGUCUCUAUCUUAUUUGGGAGAGGCAUGUAUAUGCACUUAAGCUAAUUUUUUAGAAUUAUGUUUUAAUCGAAUUUUAUUCUAUAGAAUACAUAUUAU